AUGGAUGGGGAUUCAUCAAUCAAAUGGCUACUGUUCGGAUAUGUGGAUGAAAGAAAAAAGAGAGGAAGACUACGACUGAGAUGGGCAGAUGAGGUCGAAGCCGAUGCAGAGAAGCUUCUGGACACUAGAGCUUGGUGGACCCUUGCACAAGACAAAGAGGAAUGGAGGCCACGUAUUGAUGUGGCGAAAACCCAUACCUGCCCAUCAUAUACUCAGGGUAUAUUCCAGUCCAUCGGCCUAAAAGAGUUCCAUAGCUAUCUGACGCUUGAGGACAAAUCCUGCCCGAAAGCUGAAUCUCUACUUCAGGAAGGACUUGUCGCACUGAAGACAGCAACGAGGCGCUAUGCUCGUCGACAGAUCAAGUGGAUAAGGGGCAGGUUCCUGAGAUCAGCUGACCGUCAAGUGCCUCCAGUUUAUGCAUUAGAUGCUACCGACCCCAGCAUUUGGGAUGAGAAAGUGUACAAUCCUGCUGAGUCAAUCGUCAAGUUUAUACUCGGCACAGGGCCACCUCCGGAACAGCAGCCACUUCCCAAAGAAAAGGUCACUGCAGUAAAAAGUUUAAAAGGAGAAAGGUUAUGCAGGGUCUGCAUGAGAAUAUUUAUAGGCGACCACCAGUGGGAGAUUCAUCAGAAAUCUAAGAAACAUCAAGCAAUGCUGAAAAAGAAAAAGAAACAAAAGGACGAAAAGAUAGUUGAUGACAUUCCAAAUUGUUAAUUAACUGGGUUAUAAAUCUGGCUCACUUUUACUAAUGGCAUUCCAGACUGUUCAAAUUCAGGACAUAUCCAUCUCUUCAAACUUUCUAGUUGAAAUUGUGAGGCUACACCAUUUCAAGUAAAUUUCAGCAUGAAAACAUCUAUCAAUAUUCAGUUUCAUUUCAGUACAUUUUUUAUUCAACCCCUCUCAUGAUACUGUAUAUUAUUGACCGAAGGCAUUGAGUAAUUUCAAAAGUUACUUUAAUAUGCGGCCUUAAGAAAUUAAUGUUUUUGUUUUUAAAGAACUUAUUGUUGAUCUUGUUUCAGACAUAAAGUUUUGUAUUGUUUUAUAUGUAUAAUAUGUACUAUACCAGAAUAUGAGACUGACCAAGUUGCAAAAUAAAAGUUCCUUUCUUAGGGUUACUAUGGAAGGAAAAUAAAAUAUGUGCAUACAUUUCUUCAUGAUGUUGAUCCUAAAUUAAAUCUCU